AUGCCCCCUCGACAAUCUGGACGAGCGCCAGCCCCGGUUCCCCUAGCAUAGUGGGUCACCAACCCGGGGCACUACAGAGCUAACAGCUACCCUGAGAGCACUCGCCUUAACCCUUGGGUUUGGAAUAAAGGAGUCAAUGUGUUAUAUAUUUGCCAGCGGAACGGGAUGGCGUUCUCUUAUAGCUUGCCGAGCAACGCUGCAUUCGUUAAUGACUCGGAGAGCUUGAACCAUUCGGACAUUAGUAGUGGGCGGUGCCUCAGGCAGAUGGUACUUCCGCCGUAAGGACCUUUCCGAGCGGUAGUGUGGAUGUGACACCUAAUACUAAAUCGAAGGCUACGCAUGCAUUGCAAUGUUUUGCGGGGAACUCAGUUUGGGAAGUUUCCCGAGUAUGGGCCAAAUAAUUAUAAGAUUAGUGUUGUGAAUCGAACCAGCGGGGGUGAUUGCAGCCACUAAUCUAAAGGGUUAGGAAACUAACUUUUCCUAAUGUACUAUGACUUAUAUAGUAUGGUGGUGGGUACGGACCCACGUUCACCGCAUUCUUCAUGAAGUAUAAAGAGAAGAUUAGGAAUGCGGAUAUGGAAUACGAAGGUGCGGUGGAUUUACACCCUGAUAAUCUCUGAACUGUCAACGGUUGGUAAAUGAUGUACCCUCUAAACUUUCGUCGCUACCUAUCCUUCAGCAUCGGAAUCCUCACCCGUGAGUUCGGAUAUCCCGAGAUUACCCAUAACAAGGCCUAUGGCCUCCAAUUUGUCACUGAAGCCCAAUAGGGGUCACCAUUUCAAUGUUUUCGCCAUUCUAAUGGCUACAAAAGCUGGAUGCCAGUAUGCCAAAGGCUGGAAAGAACCUGAUUCAGGUAACAUUGGUAAUGCUGGGCAAGUCAACAAAUCCUAUCGUUUUACUGGCUAUUUUGCCCUAAAUGGCUCGAGAGUGUAA